AUGUCGUCUGCAUUUAAGCAGGCGAGUCUCGGCGAGUUGGUCGAGGCGUGCAAAGUCACCGCCUCUCGCACACGCAAGACCCUCUCUGCCUGUCGAAAGCACCCCUGCCAAGAGAGGUUGAAAGAGCUCAACGUCGUUCCCAUUCUUCGGUCAUAUUUAGACCAGAUCCGAGGCUGGGCCGGCGGCAUUUCAUCGCGGAUGAAGGGGAAGGACGUCCCACCGAGGUCUCCGGAAGACUACGCCAAGAUCGCCAUCUGCAUCUCGAAUGCAAACUCAGCACUGGAUUGGAUGGGGAAGCACUAG